ACCAUAUCUUAUAAAACUCCCACAAACAUUAAAAUUAAGUCAUAUGCAUCAUCACAACUUACACCUAAUCAAAAGUGCGUUCUUCUUUUUAAUAUUAGCUAUUCAUUUGAGAUUUCAAUAGAAGACUUCAAUAAUGAAUGGUGGCUUCUUGUUGAUAAUAUUUGGACUAGAUAUAGUUCUAGAAAGCAUAACAAUG